AUGACAGAGACAUUGAAUGUCAUAGUCAAUAACGGAUCAAGUGUAGGCGCUUAUACACUUGAUCUGAUUGCGCCUCCGAAGUUGACUUCGGAGAUCACUCAGUUGCCAACGCUCGAACAUAAAAGGUUCUUGCGUGAUCUGCGUAGUGGCAAAGUCAAGCAGAUCUGCGUAGUUGUCGCUGACGACGAGUGUGUAACCGACAUAAGGUCAGCAAUAGUGUUCACUGAGAACGAGAGAGUUCUCAGUAGUUCAUCUAUGGACGAGAGUGCCCUGGAUGAAAAGACACGAAUUGAGCGAUAUGACUCCCAAUCGUGGGAAUCGCUCAAGACAAAUCCUCUCUAUGAAGAUUUGGUUGAAUUCAAGGAUGUAUUCCCUGAAAAUGUUCCGUGCGAAUUACCGAAGGAUAAAGGUAUUCGACACGAGGUCGAGCUUAAACCAGGCUCGAAGUACUGUGUCAUGAAGCAGUGGCCACUGCCUCGUGAACAAGUACUUGCGAUCGACAAGUUCUUUGCCGAUCGUUUAGCUGCGGGCCAUGUGAGGGAAUCAACUUCCCCACAUAGCUCUCCGACCUUCUGUGUGCGAAAAGCAACAGGAGGGUGGCGGAUAGUGCAUGCAUUUAACAAAUUGAACGCUGCAACGGUACCGGCUCAGACGCCGAUACCGAGGAAGGACGUAAUCAUUGAUGGUAUGUCAAAGAGUACCAUCUUUUCGUCCAUGGAUUUGAUGGAUGGCUUCUACCAAAUCCUUAUGCGAGAACAGGAUAUACCCUAUACCGCAGAAGCACGCCUAGCGGCAUGCUCUGGGAAUGGCUAG